UUCAAAUAUUUUUUUUUUAUACUUUAUCGUUUUUCCAGAAUUCAAAACUUAUUAGACAGCCAAAUUCAGUAUCAUUUUAUGGCCCUAAAGUUAGCAGACAUUGAACAAAUUUCCCGCUUUUUUUAAACAAAUAAAUUAUAAAAAGAGAAAGAAAAUUGCACAUAUAGAAAAUUUAAAAAUCUAUAGCUGCAAUUUUUUUUUUUAUAAUUUAGCGUUUUAAAAAAAAUUCAAAAAAUGUAGAUGUCUGUUUAGAAUCAUAUAAUUUUAUAAGAGUUUCUAAGCAGAGUUAUGGUGUCCCAUAAAUAUUUAAAACGCAAUUAAAAAUAUAAAACAGGGAAAUUUGGUAGUACUUUCGACCCUUAAAUAAUAUUUGAAUUUUAAUACAAAUGAAUUUCUUAUCGAUUUAGAUUAAAUAGGAAUGUAUAAAUGUAUGUGUAUAUAUAUAUUUUUUUGUAAUGAGUAAUUGUAUUGGAUUCUCAUGACUUCAAAAUAUUACUUAACAUAAAGAUAAAUAUAUAAAUGAUAGUAUGGAAUGAGAGAUAAGAGAUAAGAUAUUAAACAUAAUUUCGUAACUAUUUAUAAAUUGGAAAGAUUCAUCACCGGAAAUUAAGAUUAUUGUUGCGUAGAAAGUUUUUUCAAAACAUUGCCACGAAAACUUUUUUUUUUUUAAUUACAAAUAUGACCGCGUUUUGAUAUUUUCAAAGUUUUGAUAUUUUAACAAGAGCUUUCAUAGAAAAUAAAGAUUCGCGCGUGAAUUUUUUGUAAAAUUCAAAUCGCAUCAAAGGAAUUCGAUGAAUAUUUAAAAUAUUGCAGAAAAUUUCGUUUUCGAAAAAUAGUUGUCUACAGAAAUACAUUUGCGCAGGCGCAGUGUAUACCUAAGGGUUUUUUGUGUAACAGAUUUAUUGGUAAAGGCUCAGACAAAAUUUUACCAAAAAUACUUUCGAAUUAGACUAUCACCGAACAAUAACUUUAGUUGUUUAAAAUCUUCAACUGGUGGCGCUAGUAAUUAGAAAAGAAGUAUCAAUUGUAUCAGUAUCAAUUAUCGCACAUAUUUUAUAAACUCUUUGUUGAGUAUAAGACUUUUUUUAUAUACUGUAAUAUAUAUACAUAUAUAUUUAAAAAUAAAUAAAUUAUGAGCCCGAUUGGAUAUCUUACGAGACGAGAAAGUAUUUCGUCUUGUCACCGACUCCACAGCCCCCAUUUGAGUGACGAAGAAAAUAAAAAUAUUUAUGGGAAAUGUAAUAAUUAUUGGGGUCAUGGUCAUAAUUAUAUUGUUGAAGUAACUGUACGUGGACCAAUAAAUUAUAAAACUGGGAUGGUUAUGAAUAUAUCAGAACUAAAAGAAUAUAUGCAUAAGGUAUUAAUGGAAAAAUUGGACCAUAAAAAUUUAGAUAAAGAUGUUCCGUAUUUUAAAAAUGUUGUCUCGACAACUGAAAAUUUAUCUGUUUAUAUUUUUAAUGAGUUGAAACAAUUAAUGCCCGACCCGUCAUUACUUUACGAAGUUAAAAUAUAUGAAACUGAUAAAAAUAUCGUCAUUUAUCGUGGAGAAGAUUCGUAGAAGAAAUUUUCAAGAUUUUUUCAUUUAAACUUUUAAAAUAUCAUUAUAUAGUGCAAUUGUAUUAAAUGUUAAUAUAAAGUGUAACUAAUAUACUAAUUAUCUAAUAAAUUAUUUUCCUAAAAU